UCCCCCACUGGCUGCUCCGAAAAGCCAUCUUUGCAUUGUUCCUGGGUCUGGCUCCGUGCUCGCUGCAGCUACCCUCACCGCCCGCCGCCUCCUCCGCCGCGGACUCCGGCAGCUCCCGCGCCAGAGUCCACCAGCCUUAGCACUCUCCUCCGCCUGCUGCAUCGGAUCUCCGGCGUGCUCCACCAUGUCAGACGCAGCCGUGGACACUAGCUCCGAGAUCACCACCAAGGACUUGAAGGAGAAGAAGGAAGUUGUGGAGGAGGCAGAGAAUGGAAGAGACGCACCUGCCAAUGGGAAUGCUAAUGAGGAAAAUGGGGAACAGGAGGCUGACAAUGAGGUAGAUGAAGAAGAGGAAGAAGGUGGGGAGGAAGAGGAGGAGGAGGAAGAAGGUGAUGGUGAGGAAGAGGACGGAGAUGAAGAUGAGGAGACUGAGGCAGUGCCGUGCAAGCGGGCAGCUGAAGAUGAUGAGGAUGAUGAUGUUGAUACCAAGAAGCAGAAGACCGAUGAGGAUGACUAGACAGCAAAAAGGAAAAGUUAAACCUAAAAGGCCACCGUGACCUAUUCACCCUCCACUUCCCGUCUCAGAAUCUAAACGUGGUCACCUUCGAGUAGAGAGGCAGGCCCGCCCGCCCAUAGCGGGCAGUGCCACUGCAGAUGACAUGCGCUCUCCACCACCCCACCAAAACCACAACUCAAAUUUGCCACAGGGGAGGAAAAAAACAAAACUUCCGAGGCCCUGCUUUUUUUCUUAAAAGUACUUU